AUGAUUCGGUAAGUGUUUUUUUCUUAUGGAAUAUUUGAUAUAGCUGGCUGGCGAAAAUUCUCGAUUUACCUAAGAUUUUUUAAAAUUUUGAUGUUCAUUUUCUUUCGAAUGAGUAGAACACACCUUCUUUGACUUGUUUUUACAUUGAUCAAUCAGAUUUUCUUCAAAAAUUGGCAUUUUUUUCACUCGUUGAGAGCCUCCAUGGAUAAUAUAAUUAUAGGUAUGAGUAUGAAGAGGACGACUCGGAUCAGCUGUCAUUGCCGCGUCUCUACCCCGACGAGUCUCAUGAGGUGAAGCAUGAGACCGAGGAAUACGACUGGUUGAAUCUUGUGGACCCGUUUACCUCGGUACAGUAUUUUGAGGUUUUUUUGGAAAUUCUUCUCGAAAUUGUUGGUUAUCAACUUUAAUCUACGUUUUUCAGGACGUUCUGGGGAAUGAGAACCUCUCGCUCGACCAAUACCACGCAGAUCAAUUCCAAGCUUUUGGCCACGACGAUUUCUCCGGCCUAAAUCAAUACAUCGAGAAUGUGGACGAGCCGGCGCAAUUUGUCGACUCCAAAGAUUGGUAUACGGCUCGAGUGGAUGUCUCGGAAGAUGCGGCGAGGGUCGACGGUUCCUUUGACGACGUUCCAGUAGAGGUAGUCAAGCGGCCGAAGAAAAAGAUCAAGCAGCCGUUGACAAGACGGCCGAUUGACGAGUAUAAGACCGCAAACGGCUACAAGAAGCCCAACUUUUCAUACUCAUGCCUUAUCGGGCUGGCGUUGAGGAAUGCCGAGGAUGGGGAGCUCACAGUCUCCGAGAUUUAUCGUUUUCUUUGGUGAGUUUUCAAGUGUAAUAUAGAUUUAUUCGAUUUUUCGAAAUUUUCGAAAUUUUUCGACUUUUUCGAACUUUCUUGAUGUUUUCUCCUUUAGCCAUCAUUUCCCAUUCUUCCGCGAAGCUCCCUCGGGCUGGAAGAACUCCGUUCGGCACAAUCUUUCCCUCAACAAGUGCUUCGAAAAGGUGGAAGUGGAGGUUGCGGAUGCACAAGGUCGGAAGUCAUGUCUCUGGCGAAUGAACCCCACCAAAGGCGAGAAAAUGGAGGCCGAGAUUCAGAAAUGGAGAGAGCGGAGUUCCUCCACCAUCGGCUUGGCCAUGAUUACUCCAUCCGAUUUGGAGCCGAUAAUUGAAGGGAGGAUGGGAAUGCCGGCGCCGCACAUCCAAUACACGGACGCUCCGGCCGAGCAGCGGCCACGGAAGCGACUGCUCGAACCCAAGGUCGUCGUGAUACGGACGGAUCUUCCGCGAGCCGACGAUUAUCGCUAUGUUGAGAAGCCUUCCUAUCAUCAGGAGUAUCCGAUGGAAGAAAUGGCUCAUUACGAGCCGGAGGACAUGAAUUUCAUGGAGAAUGUGGAGCCAUUCGACCCGCAAGGUUAGUUUUGAAAAAUCAGAUGAAAAUUUAGUUGCUUCGUAGAUUAUAUUGUUCUUCGAUUUCAGCCCAAACAAUAACAGAUCCACUGCCAUCCACGAUUCGGACGACUUCGGCCCUCGACCCGCAGUAUCACAUGCAGCCGAGCACUUCGCAUGGGACUUACCUCUCUCCGGCGCAAGUUCAAGCCCAAUCAGCCCAUCAAAGAGCCGCCAGGACCUUGGAGAGCCUGUUGGAGCGCAAAAAACAGGCCACAACUCAUCCGUUGGACAAUUCACAUGAGGAGGAAGACCAGGCUCUGUCUCCUCGAACGUCUGAAGAAAGAAUUCAGCCAAGAACGGCGCCGUCGAGCUACGCCCAGUUCCGAAUGGCGCAUCCAGUCUAUACCAGAUACACUCAGCCGCAAAACCAAUCAAAUAUUAGUCUGACUUCCUCGGAAGACGCGAUUGUUCAGCACAACCCAAGGCCCAUUCAAACCGCUCUCCCAAAGCAAAUUCAGACUCAGGACGAAACGAAAGUGAAGGAUGAGCCGGAAGAAGCAAGUGAAGUUGAGAAAAAGGUGGAACUUGAAGUGAAACAGGAGGAAGAGAUCAAGCAAGAGCCUCAAAACGAACAGCCCGUGCAGGUCAAGGAAGAAGAACCUCAGGAUUUGCCGAAAACGGAGCAGAAGCCACUUCCCGGCCCUUCUCGCACCAUCCAACAUCAGUCAGCCUCAAUUAUUGUCCGAUCCAGCCCUCAGCCGGGCCCAUCCAGAGUCUACAUCCGCCAGCCGGGACCGUCCUACUAUCAGGAAGACACGGAAAAUGUCCCGCCGAUGAGAAGAGUGUCGGUCUACAAGUAUCAACCGGCCUACUCGAGCGAUCACAAACUUCAACGAGUCACCGGGGUGGGUCCGAUUCAACGGCCCAGACAUUUGGUCAAGGUUCGGCAAACCCCGUAUGGCGCAGCAGUGCGGUCAACUCUCACCAAAAAGAAAACUACUCCUGGUUUACCAUAG